CCGUUCUGUGAGCCCAUUCAGCGAAGAUGGCGAGCGCAGGGGUCUCGGUCGCUUCGCUGUGGACUGAAGUGAACCGCUGCGGACAGAAUGGCGACUACACAAGAGCCCUAAAAGCUCUGGCUAAAAUUUUGCACGAAAACAGGGAUGAUGUGACGGCCCUUCACUGUAAAAUCGUUUGCCUUAUUCAGAAUGGCAGCUUCAAAGAGGCGCUGAAUGUCAUGAACACCCAUUCAAAAGUGCUCGGCGGUGAGGUUCUGUUUGAAAAGGCGUACUGCGAGUACCGACUGAACAGAGUGGAAAGUUCCCUGAAGACCAUUGAAGGUGCUCCUGAACAGACAGACAAGCUGAAGGAGCUCUACGGUCAAGUGUUGUACAGACUGGAGCGCUACGAUGAGUGCAAGUCCGUCUACACAAAUCUGAUCAGGAACUCCCAGGAUGAGUACGAGGAGGAGAGGAAGACCAACCUGGCUGCUGUGGUGGCUUCGAUGAGUCAGUGGGAGAAAGCUCCGUUGGAAGAUCUGGGUCUUCCUGAGUCUACGUAUGAGCUGUGUUACAAUGCUGCCUGUGCUCUGAUUGGACAAGGACAGCUUACAGAGGCCCUCAAUAAACUACGGCAAGCAGAGGAGCUUUGCAGAGUCUCAUUGGCAGAUGAUUCUGAUGUGACCGAGGAGGACAUCGAGUCAGAGCUGGCCGUCAUCCAUUCUCAGAUGGCGUAUGUCAUGCAAUUACAAGGUCGGACAGAUGAGGCGCUGCAGCUGUACAACCAGGUCAUCAAGCUGAAACCAUCGGAUGUGGGCCUGCUUGCUGUGACUGCCAACAAUAUCAUCACAAUAAACAAGGACCAAAACGUGUUUGACUCAAAGAAAAAGGUGAAACUGACAAAUGCGGAAGGUGUUGAAUACAAGCUGGCAAAGAAGCAGCUGCAGGCCAUUGACCUCAACAAAGCCCUCCUGGCCAUGUACACUAACCAGGCUGACCAGUGCAGGAAGCUGUCAUCCAGUCUUCAGUCUCAGAAUCCGGGUCACCCGCGGCCGGUCCUCAUCCAGGUCGCUCAGCUGUGCAGGGAGAAGCAGCACGGCAAGGCCAUAGAGCUGCUCCAGCAAUUCUCAGACCAACAUCCAGAGAGUGCGUCUGGCAUCAAACUGACAAUGGCACAACUGUAUUUAGUCCAAGGUCAUGUAACAAAAGCUUGUGAUGUCCUGAGGUCCAUUGAAGAGUUCAAGCACAAAUCAGGGAUGAUUUCAGCUCUGGUGACGAUGUACUCCCAUGAAGAAGACAUUGACAGCGCUAUCGACAUUUUCAAACAAGCUAUUGAGCACUACCAGUCUGAACAGCCCGGAUCUGCUGCACACUUGGCGCUCGUACGAGAAGCUGCCAAUUUCAAACUGAAGUACGGACGGAAAAAAGAAGCCAUUAGUGAUCUGGAGCAGCUGUGGAAGCAGAACACCAACGACAUCCACACGCUGGCACAACUCAUCUCGGCGUAUUCUCUGGUGGACACGGACAAAGCCAAAUCCCUCAGCAAACACCUACCAUCUGCAGACACAAUGGCCUUCAACGUGGACGUAGACGAGCUGGAGAACUCCCACGGAGCGACCUACGUCAGGAAAAAAGCUGCUAAAGUCACAGGAGAAAACCUCCCCAAAGAACAAGGCCAAGGCGAGAUCAAAAAGAAGAGGAAGAAAAAGAAAGGCAAACUGCCCAAAAACUGCGACCCGAAAGCGACCCCUGACCCCGAGAGGUGGCUGCCCAUGAGGGAGCGUACCUACUACAGAGGCAAGAAGAAGGGGAAGAAGAAGGAGCAAAUCGGAAAAGGCACACAGGGAGCGACGGCAGGAGCUUCGGCCGAGCUGGAUGCCAGUAAGACGGCCAGCAGCCCCCCCACCUCCCCCAGACCUGGGUCCGCGUCCGGCUCAUCUACGGCCCCCGCCAGCAACGUGGUCCCGCCUCGACAGCAGAAACCUGCAGCCUCGGGGGCCACGCGCAAGAAGGCACCACAGAAGAAGAAGAAGGGAGGCAAAGGAGGCUGGUAGAGGGAAGCAACACGUGAGGCAGGGGGGCCACAAGAUACACUGACGUCUGUGAGACGUCACCAAGAAACCAUAAGCUUUUCUCUUUUUUACGUUUCAAGUUCAGUUUACUUUUUUUGUUCUGACGGUGAAACCAAAAGUUCCCCUUCGCUCUUCUUUCUCAUUCAUUUGUGCUGUUUUUUAAAUGUCCAGAAUAUUUAAAGGACAGUUCCCCUGAAAUUCACUUUUUGUUGCUCUGCCAAAGCAGAUGUUUUCUCGAAGGGUUUCUGUUUUUACUUUCUUUGGUUUGUGACCUUUUGAGGUCACAGUAAAACCAACAACAAAAAGGUCCAGAGGAUGGAAAAUGCCUUUACUGUGCUGUAUUGUUCUUUCAUUAUACACCAAAUGUACAUCUGUAGAACUCUAUAAUAAAAUAUGAAAAUAGAUUUUUGGUUGAUUUAGCCAAUAGUUUUAAUUAAAUCCUUAAAAUCACAUCCUUCCUGACAUCAAGGCCAUUUUGAGACCUUAAAUGUUGAUUUAGGUUCAACCACAGUUCACUUCCAACAGUUAAGAAAAUAAACUGCUUUAGUUUUGGGAGAGAUGUCUUUAAUGUUAGAUCACACUUCAUACUCUGGCUGUUUGCCUCACGUUUUCUUAAAUUGUCCCUCUACUUUCAAUUAGCUGCAGAGAUGCAGUGUUAAAGAAUUAUUUAUUUUUCAAUCCCUGUGUUGGUCAAAAUUCAAGCAAACAAAUUUUAAUCCUUGAAUUACAUUUUAUCAGCUGCAUGUUUCAGGAAAUGAAAGACCAAACAGGUGUCCCAUUUUGUUAAGUCUUAAUAAAACUCUUCACAGCGA